GAUGUAUAUUGAGCACCUGAUUUAAGGAUACUCAGAAAUGGCGAAUAAUGGAGAGCAUUACAUUUCUAAAAGCUACAAUCCACAGUUUAUGAACAAUCUGAAGCAAUUACUAGACACACAGCUGUUUUGUGACAUCAGUAUCCAAGUCUCAACAGAAACAUUCCAGGCUCAUCAAGUAGUUCUGGCUGCUGGCGGACAGUACUUCAGAGCCAUGUUCUCUAGUGCAAUGUAUGAUGUGGAAAACAAGUGUAUCACUCUCCAUGACAUAUCCCCCUCCACAUUUCAAUCACUGUUGACAUUUAUCUAUACAGGUGAGAUUGACAUUACCUGGGAUAACUGCCAGGAUGUUUUAGCAGCAGCAGACAUGUUUGGAAUUACAUGUAUAGUUAGUGAAUGCACCAAGUUCUUACAAAAACAUCUAGACAGCCAAAAUUGUGUUGGUAUAUACCAGUUUGCUGAUAUUCAUUCCUGCUCAGAGCUGAAAACUGAUGCUGAAAAAUUUAUCCACAAGAAUUUUGUAUCUACGUCUCAGGAAGAGGAGUAUUUAGAGCUUAGUGAAAAUCUUGUCAUGGAGCUUCUAGAGAGUGAACAAUUGUGCGUGCCUUCUGAAACAGAGGUCCUCCAGGCAGCCUUAAGGUGGCUUCUACAUGAUCCACAAAACAGGAAGUUAUCUGUGUUCAAUAUCCUUAACAAUGUUAGGUUCCCCAUCAUAUCAGAAGCUGAAUUUGAGGAAACCAUGGAGGACUGCUAUGAUUUAAGUAUCAAGAUAGCUGUGAAAAAAUUUGCACAAGACUUGAUGAAUGAUAGGAAGUUGUGUAAUAAAUUAAAUCUUAGGCUUGUAAAACCACAUCUAGUGCAGCCAAGAAAGUCUGCAAGAAAAAGCAUAUAUGUGAUCGGUGGAUACUUCCACGCAAAAGGUGGAAGGUGGAGUGACAUUCAUACAUUGGAAACUGUGGAAAAAUUUGAUACUUUUUCUCAUGAGUGGGAAACCAUUCCAAGUUUACAGUACCCCAGAAACCACAUUGGGUCUACAGUCAUUAAUGGACAGAUUUAUGUUGUGGGUGGCGAGAAUGAGUCCCUCAUUUAUGACCUGGUAGAGUGUUAUGACCCUAUCAGUAAAAAGUGGUCCACAGCCCCUCCCCUCACCCAACCACGCUGCGGGCAUGGCUUAGCUUCUCUAGGAGACUGUCUUUAUGCCUUUGGGGGAUGGGUGGGGACUGAGCUGGGAGGCACAGUAGAGAAGUUUGACCCCACAACAAAUGAGUGGGUCAUAGUGUGCAAGAUGCCAACCCUGAGAUUUGAAACAGCUGUUACUGAGUUGGAUGGCCUAAUUUACAUUAUUGGUGGAAUGGAUAAAGACUAUGGAUUUGGGUCAGAACUGACAAUAGUGGAAAGUUUUAACCCAGUGACCAAGGAAUGGGAGGAGUUGCCUCCCUUGAACACACCCCGUGCCAAUGCCAGUGUGGCCACACUUAAUGGCUACAUUUAUGUGAUGGGGGGAUUCAACACCAGGGAUGGGGACCUAGCAUCCGUGGAGAGGUACUCACCAGAAGAGAAUGUGUGGGAGGCGGUGCCAGACAUGAAUCAGAAGAGAACGGCGCCAUGUUCGGUCAGCGUGAAUGGACUGUUGUAUGUGAUGGGAGGUCGUCAGUUCUUUGUCAGACUGGACAUGUUUAGCUGUAACGAGACUAUCAACAGUAUGGAAUGUUUUGACCCUAUCUUAAACUGUUGGCAUGAACUACCAGCCAUGCCUACACCUAGGUGUGAAGCAGGUGCUGUGGUGUUAUAGUGUUCAAUUACAGAACACAGACAGUUUUUUUUCCUACAACUGUAGAACACAGUAAAUUUUUACUUGUGAAGUUUUUGCUUCACUAGAGGAAAAAUGCAGUGUACAGAAGUUGUUCCUUUUGCCAAUAUGAAGAUGUUUUGAAGGUGCUGUGAUUCUGACGAUAUUUACAAAAUUUAUGUAUAUUAAUUAUUGAAAUAUUCUAUUACUGGGUAAUAAUUUAUCUCCACAACUUCCUACAUGAACAUUCAAGUUUAAUUAAAGGUUAUUUCCAAUGCUUAACCAGGGUGCAUUAUAAAAAUAGUUUUCAAGAGUACACAAUAAAUUGGCACAUACUACCUAAAUUUCAAAUAUCAAAGUGAAACAUUAUUAUACUGGAUACUUAAAUUUAGUGUGAAGUUUAGUGUUCUGGAUAUGUUUGAUUAAAGACUUUUGUGGUUGUUGAAAAAAAACAAACUUCAGAAUUUUUGUAGUGUAUAUAUAUGCUUUUUGCAUUUGAUAUAUACUUCUGGUAUCAGUGAUUAGAUUUAAAAAAAGAAAGAAAAAGUUUAAAUUAUCCAGAAUAGCAUUGCUUUACAACAGUAACUUGUAUCUUGUAAUGAAACCAUGUCUACAUUGCACUUAGUGCCAUUCUUAGGAAAAACUGCAACACGUGCCAUCUACCCUAUAUAAGCAAAUCUUUACUGGUCAAAUCCUCUUACAGAAAUCUUUGCAGACUUAGAAGUCUGUCUAUCCAACUUUAUUUGACCCCAUAAUAUAGAAUUUGAGGUUCACCAGCAGUAAAUCUAAGGAAAUCUCCACACUUUCCAGAUGGUACUAGUCAGUUGCAUGUUGUUUUAGAUGUUCUUUAAAAACUAUGGUUUGAGAGUGAUAUUCUGAGUGAGUUGAUGAUUUUAAUAUGUAUUUAUUGUGAAAGUUUAUAAUUUCUAUUAAAUGACUCUAUAUGAA